AUGAAGGAUAUUGGUCUUUGGACAAUUUUCAAAGUUGUUUUGAAUCACUCACAUCCUUGUUGUCCAAGCCAGGCUGAGAUGCUCAAACAACACAGGGAGCUUACCAUGUUUGUGCAUCACACCAUCGAAACCCACGAGAAAGCCGGAAUCAGACCGAGCAAAACUUACCAAUCAUUUGUGGUAGCAGCUGGCAGCCACCGUGAACUAGGUUUUAUUGAAAUAGAUGUGAGAAAUUACAUCACAAGGAAAGUACAGAAUAUUUUUGAAGAAGACGACGCCAAAGAAUUUGGGAAGUACCUAGUAAGAAUGAAAGAGAAGAACAAAAAUUUCUUAUUUGAGAUCAACCUUGAAGGCGAUCACUACAUUAAACAUGCAUUCUGGGCUGAUGCAAGAAACAUGGCUGCAUUUGAUUAUUUCAGAGACGUGGUUUCAUUUGACACCACCUAUAACACAAACAGGUACAAUUUGGCCGGCAUGAGAAGCACACAAAGGAGCGAGAGCAUGCAUUCAUUUUUGAACAAGUUCAUCACACGGAAUAGCACCUUGAGACAAUUCGUGAAGCAAUACGACAAUUGCCUAGCAAGUAGAGAGCAAGCAGAGAGAGAACUCGAUGCUGCAGAUUUUCACACCGUGAUACCGUGCACAACAAAAUCAGCAAUAGAAGCACAGUUUCAUCAUGUAUAUACCCAUGAGAAGUUUAGGGAAGUUCAAGCUCAAUUCAGAGGUAAAGUGAGCUGCAUCACAAGAUCAAUGCAUUCCACCCUAGGUUUCACAACAUAUGAAGUCAUAGAGCAGGUUUCCAACUCCACAUUCAACAAGUUUGUCGUCACCUACGACGCAGAAUCACAAGAUGUAAAGUGCCAUUGCUUGCUGUUUGAGUCUAGGGGCAUAUUGUGCCGCCAUUCCCUAAGCGUCCUAAGCUUUGAGCGAGUGGAUAACGUGGCACCAAAAUACAUAUUGGAAUGCUAG